AUGAAUGUUUUUUUAAUGAAGAUAAGAUUUUUAUCACAAACAGAUAAAACUUCCUGUAUAUUAGAUCAAAAAAAUGGUAAGGUAAAAGAAAAUCAAGGUAAUUCAUCUAACGAGAUAGUUAAACUUAAUAAUGAAAUUCAAAUAUUUAUGAACGAUACUUAUAAUGAAGUUAAUUUUUAUCUCGAUGACCAAGAAAUUAAUAAUUCUACAGAAAAAUGUGAAAAGUCAUCUACGUAUAUAAAUUGGAAAGGAAUGGACUACGUUAAUUUAAUAUUAAAUAAAGAAAAAAAUUAUAAUAUCUCAAAUCUUGUUGAUUGCUGGAAUGAUAAACAAGAAUUUUUUAAAACACAUAUACAUAAAGAAAUAAAUUCAACGUGUAAUUUUAGAACGUUUGAUUAUUGUGCUCUUUUGAAUAAAAAUAAUAACUGUUCUAGUCCUUAUGAAAAUAACAAUCUACUAAAAAGCACAUCAUUAACAUAUGAACAACUCAACGAUAAUAUAUAUUAUGAUAAUAAAACUGAUAUUAUUAAUAAAAGGCGUUCUCAGUUUGAUGAACUCACUCAUGAAAUAUCUAUGUACUAUUUCAAAAUGUAUGAAAAACAUAAUUCUGAUCUUAAUUGUGGAAAAUGGAGUAUGUAUAUAUAUAAGAGAGGAAAACAAUUUGUAAAUAUGAUGACAAAUGAAAUUAAUUCCGAUGAACCUUAUGUGCAAAAUUAUGUUAAUGUAUGGAAUUCUUUUAGUCAAAAUUUGCAACAAUAUACAUUAGAACAGACAAAAAGUCGAUGUAAUAUGACAGCAUUACUUCAUAAAAUUAUUGAGAGAGAGAAUUCAACUAAUCCGUAUGAUUUAUCAUGGAUUAAUUUAGAUAACAAUCAUAUUGGAUCCAAUAAAACUUUAAAUGUUGCAAUUUCAAUACAACAUAACUCAAAUUCCACAAAUGGAACUCUCAAUAUUUCAUAUGAUAUUGCUACAACGCAUUCAAUAGAUAACACUACACAUACAACUAGCAUUGAACCUCUUACAAGUGGUACAACUUUUUUCACAACUGAGCAUCAACCUGCACCUACUAAAAAUACCAUUAAACCUAAUGAAAAUAGUACUAUAUCCUUUUCUGUAAAUAAAUCUUCAUCGAAUACAAAUACCAGUUCUACAACUAUAGCUUCAUUAUCUACAGAUGAUACUAUAUCUCCUUUAACAGAUGAAACUAUUCACUCUCCAAUUAGUAUCAGUACUCCAAAAAAUAAUAGUGAAUUUCCUACAUCAUCAUCUUCUUUUGAAAUUGUACAUUCUUCUAAUAAUACUACACCUUCUACAAUUAACACUAUAUCUCCUAUAACUGUACCUUCACCUUCUCCUAAGAAUGGAUCUUCCCUUUCAACUACAUCUACUGCAAUUAUCGAUUCUGCUUCUUCAAAUAUUGCUACACAUUCUUUAACUCAACCUUCUAUAAAUAGAAAUGAACCUUCUGCAAAUAAUUCUACAUCUUCAAAUGAUACCACAACACAUUCUCCUACCAUAAUUGAACCUUUUAAAAAUAGUACUAUAGCAUCUUUAACUAAUAUUACAUCUCCUACAAUUGGAUCUCCAUCAUCUUCUGAGAUUGUGUCUUCACCUAAAGUCAAAUCUUCUACAACUACAAAUUCAUCUUUUUCAAGUAACAUAGGAUCUCCAACUCCAUAUUCUCAUAUAAUUAGAGCUGCACCUUCUGCAAAUGAUUCUAUAUCUCCUUUAAUAUCUAAUACUACAAAUUCUACAAAUAAUAUUAAAUUUCCUAGAAAUAAUACUAGAUCUUUAGCUGCACCUAAAAAUAUAUCUACUACUCUCUCAUCUGAACCUUUAUUAUCUUCAUUUAUCAAUACGUCUCUUAAGCCAAUAACUAAAUCUCCUACAACAAAUAGUGGCAUACCAUCAUUGGGAAUAAAUAAUCCUAUAACACAGAAUCCGCAAAAUACAUCAAGUUCUUUCAUACUAGCUAAGCAAAUUUUACCUUUAAAUAUCACUCAAAAUAGCACAUUAGGAAAUAAUGCAAAUGCCAAUCUUUCGAAUUUGAUAGUUCCAAAAAAUGACAUUAAACCAACCAAAUCAGAUAAUCCCAUUAAUGAUACACCUGAGAUUACUCCUACAGGAAAUGUAUUAAUAAUCGUUCCAAUAGGUAUAUUCAUUUUGGGAAUUAUAUUCCUUUUAAUUCUUCUCUGUAAAUACACUUUUAUUGGAUCUUGGUUUCGCAAGCGUAAAUCAAAGAAAAAAAAAAUAAGAAAAAAUAUGAAGGAAAUUUCAAAGGAACCCUUAUUAAUGUCUUUAAAUGAUAUGGAGAGUGAACCAAUAUAUAGUGGAAAAUAUUCGUUAUCGAACCAUGAAAAACAAAUGCCAUUAUGUGAGAUUAGUUUUGAAAGUGAAAGAAAUUUGAAAUAUAGACAGAUGAAAACAUCAAAGGAAUGUGGAGAUAAACGCGUAUAUGAAGCUGUAGAAGAAGUAUCAAAGUACAAAAAUGAACUUCCAAUAAAAGAGGAAAAAUUAAAGGAAGAUGAUUCAAAAAAUGAAAUUGAAGAAGAUGAAUUAAAUAAAAAUAAAUCUAGAAGUAAAAUUAGAAAAGAAAAAUUCAUUAAAAGCGGGUUAAAAAAAAAUGCGGUUCAUGUUGUAGGAUACGUCAGGGAAAAUACAUUAAAUGAAGAAGAAAAAAAUGAAAUAAAUGUAAAAUCUGAAAAAUCUACAUAUGAAAAUGAAAUGAAAAAUUCAGAAAAUAAAAUGCCAAUCAAGAGUCAAGUAUACAAUUGGAAUACAUGGGUAAAUAUACAUAUUAUAGCAUUACUAGAGUAUAAAAAAAAAGAAUGGGAAUUGAUUAAAAAUGAAUUUUUAAAAAUUUGCAUAGAAGAAUUUGAAAAAGACGAAAAAAAUACUUACCCAAAAGAAGUGAGAAAUAAUUUAUUAAAGAAAAGGGAAGAAGAAAAUAGCAUAGUUGUGAGAAAAAAAUAUAGCAGUAUUCUAGAUAAAUGGAAAAAAGAAGAAUGGUUCAUUAAUUUGAAAAAAGAAUGGAAGAAAGAAGAAGAAAAACACUUAGAAUAUUUAGAAGAACAAGAGAUUGAGAAAGUAGAAGUAGAAGGAAUAAGUAAUCUAAUGUUAGACAAAAAAAAAAAGGCAUGGAGAAAGUGGAUAGAAAAGCAAAGAGAACGUUCAAACGAAUAUAAAAAGCAGGAAUGGUUUAAAAAGUUAUUAGAAGAAUAUGAAAAAGAAGGAAUUUCAAAAAAUAUAAUAGAAGAAAAAAUUGAAAAAAUAAGUGUAAAAAAAAAAGAGAAAGUAAUAGACAAUGAAACAUAUAAAUAUGAAAUGAAAAAAAAUUUGACAAAAGAAAUGUUAAUAGAUAUACAUAUGAUGGUAUUAGAGGAAUGUACAAAGGAAGAAUUAGAAAGAGAAAAAGAUGAAUGUUUUAAAACAAACAUUCAAGAGUUAGGAACACAAAGAAAUUUAGAGGAAGUAAAUAUAUUAGAAAAAAUAUGGGAAGAAAGAAGCUGGAAUUCUAUAUUAGAAAAAAAAAAACAGGAUAUAGAAAAAUGGAAAAGAGAAAAAUGGUUUGUGGAGUUAAUGUUAGAAUGGAAAGAUAAUGAACAAAAAUAUAUAGAAGAAUUAAAUAAAAAAAUGUUGGAAGAAAAAAAUGAAGAAAGAAAAACAAAUAUUGCUUUAGAAAGGCAAUAUAUUAUAUGGAAAAAACAUUGGGAAGAUAUGCGUAAAAAAUGGAUAGAAAAUGAUAACAAAGAAGAAUGGUUUACAAAAUUGGUUGAUGAAAUUGAAAAUAAAGAGAAAGAAUAUAUAAAUGAAAUUAGUAUAAAUAAUAUAGAAAAAAAAAGGGAAAGUGAAAAACCUAGGGAAGGAGGUGAAUCAAUAAUAGAGAUUAAUGGAAAAGUAAAAGAAGAAAUAAAAAAAUUUGAAAAGACACAAUUAGAAGAUGAAGAUGAAAAGGUUAAUUCUAUAAUAAGGAAAAAAAAAUUAAAGUGGAAGACUAUAAUAGAAAUACACAUGAUUAUAUUAGAAGAAUGUAAAAAAGAUGAGUGGUUAUUUAAUAGAGGAAAAUUUUUAGAAGCAUGUUUAGAAGAAUUUAAAAAAGAAGAUAAAGAAAAACAUUCAAAAAUAAUAGAAAAUGAUUUAGAUAUAAUGAUGAAAGGGGAAGAAGACAUUAGUGCAAUAAUGGUACAGAAACAAAAUCAUCUAUGGAAAAAAUGGAUAGAAAGAAACAAAAGUAUGUUAGAGAAAUGGAAAAAAGAAGAAUGGUUUAUUAAUUUGAAAAAAGAAUGGGAGAAAGAACAAGAAAAAUAUGAGGAAGUAGAAAAAGAAUCAGAAAUCAUAAAAAUAGAAGUAGGAAAAAAUUCUAUGCUAGAGAAACAAGAAAAAAUAUGGAAACAAUGGCUAAAGAAACAAAGAAUGUGGUUUUUAGAACAUAGUUCAGAGAAAUGGUUUGAUGAUUUGUUAGAUGAAUAUAAAAAAGAAAAAGAAUAUAUGAAAGAAUUAACUAAAGGAGAUGUGAGAAAAAUAAAGAAAAUUAAUCAAAAUAUAGAGGAAUUAGAACAAGAUAUAAGUAAUGAAAUGGAAAAAUCUAGAAAAAAGAAAAAGUUGAUACAAAAAGUGUUAAUAGAAAUACAUAUGAUGGUAUUGGAGGAAUGCAAAAAAGAAGAAAUGGAAAAAGAAAAAGAAGGUUUUUUUAACACAAUUAUGAAAGAAUUGAAAAUACAAGAAAAUUUAGAUAAAGAAGCAAAUAUAUUAGAAAAAAUAGGAAAAGAAAGAAGCUUUAAUUCCAUAUUAGAGAAAAAAGAAGAAGAUAUAAAAAAAUGGAGAAAAGAAAAAUGGUUUGUAGAAUUAAUGUUAGAAAUGAAAAAUAAAGAAAAAAAAUAUAUGAAGGAAAUAAGUGAAGAAAUAUUAGCAAAAAAGAAUGAGGGUAAAAUUAAAAAUUCUAUGUUAGUAAGUCAAAAAUUUAUAUGGAAAAAACACUGGGAAGAUAUUAAUAAAAAGUGGAUAGAAAAAGAAAAUAAAGAAUUGUUUUAA